UUCUGUUGUUUUUUUUGUUCUAUUAACAAAUAAUAAUGUUCCCACUAAAGUCGAUUAGCGCUGCUGCCACAAGCAGCAACAGCAAGGGCGUUGCUGUUGCAGUUGCCGUUAAGACUGCAGUUGCCGUUAAGACUGCAGUCGCUAAGGAUAAUGCCGAAGUGGACCAAGAGCUGGACAUAGUCAUCAAUAAUGUGGUCUGUUCCUUUAGCGUGGGCUGUCAUCUCAAUCUGCGCGAGAUUGCUCUCAAUGGCUUCAAUGUGGAGUACAGGCGUGAGAAUAGCAUGCUGACUAUGCGUCUACGUCGUCCGUACACCACAGCAUCGAUCUGGUCAUCGGGUCGCAUCACCUGCACCGGCUCCACAUCGGAGCCGCAGGCUAAGCUUGCCGCACGCCGUUAUGCCCGCUGUCUGGCCAAGCUUGGAUUCCCUGUGCGCUUCCAAGCCUUUCGCAUUGUCAAUGUGCUGGGCACCUGCAGCAUGCCCUGGCCCAUACGCAUUAUAAACCUAUCGGAGCGCCAUCGCGCCAAUGCCAACUAUGAGCCGGAGCUGCAUCCCGGUGUGACCUACAAGCUAAGCGAUCCCAAGGCCACACUGAAGAUCUUCUCCACAGGCAGCAUAACCAUAACCGCUGCAAGCGUUAACAUUGUCGAGACCUCCAUACAGCGCAUCUAUCCCGUAGUCUAUGAAUUUCGCAAGCUCGCGAAUGAGCCGGAGCCAACAGUGCUGAAGCCUUUGGUAGCAAGCUCCACUGUUGUUACUGCUGCCAGCAGCUCCUCCGCUUCCAACAGCAGCGACAAUAUAUGCGCCAAUGCACGCCGUCGUGCCACCGAAUGUUGGGCCAACAAGCUGCUCAAGCGUCCACGUGUGCAAUCGCUUCCUCCAUUUAGAACUGCCCAUAAGGAUAGCAAAAAGUCUAGACUUAGCCUCAACGUUUGCUUGAAUCGAACUGUAGGGAGCUUCAACAAGAAACAAGACAAGGAAAAUCUGAAUAAGACUGGCCCUCGCCCCCGCUCCCACUCCUGAGGGCGCUUUUAACUGGGCCCAAACCGGCAAUAGCCUUGGCUAUCUCAAAAGCUAUGCAUUAAAUAUAAAAUAAAUAUAUAGCAGCUGUUAAGCUUUUUA